CUAAAACCCCAGUGAUUAUUGAUGUAGAUGGUGCAAUUAACGAUUUUCUUGCGAUUCUUUACGCGCUUAAAUCUAAGGAAUUUGAUGUACGUGGUAUUACUUACCAAGGCGAUGGAUGGUCGCAUGCAGCUUCGGCCCAGAACAUCGUUGAUAUUGUGGACGAUAUCUAUCAUGGAAAAAACCAUUCUGUCAUACUUGGCGCUGAUUACUCCCUGUACGAAACUGACAAUAACCCAGGUUCUUUAGGUACCCCAGGCUGCACUUAUCAAAAGGCGGUCCCAGAAAGUAAUCUUGGAAAGCGUGAAAACGAUUUACUAUACGGCCUUAAUAGACAGCUUGAAUUAUCAAAACGGAUAUGGUAUGACGCUGCCAAAGGUUUUGAUAUCACUAAGAACUUUGCUGUUCUUAUUGAUUCUACGAUUAAACAAACUGGAAAAAAACCCACAAUUAUAUUAACUGGUCCAGCUACCAAUAUUGCAACUUUUUUACGUGCAUUUCCAACUUACACUAAAAAAAUUCGCAAAGUUUUCUGGAUGGGUGGAGCUUUAAGUGUUCAUGGAAAUGUAUAUACCGUACCAAAUAAUACUCGCGCAGAAUUUAAUGUUUUUCUUGAUUGUGUUGCUGCUCAAGAAUUACUUGCUUCUAAUUUGGAUAUUACUUUAGUACCAUUAGAUUUUACAAGUAAAACACCAUUUAAUACUAGUUUUUUCGAUGAACUCUCAAAACUCAAAAGGUUUUAUGGUAUAUUUAUACAUAAACUUUUGUCUACUAUUCGUUCAAUAUGGCCUGGUGGGGACUCUGCAUUCUUUACUCAUUAUUAUCUUUGGGAUCCUAUAACAAUUGCUGUUGCUAAAAAUAUUGGUAUUGCAAAAAUUGUAUCAAAUCGUUCAUUGGCUGUUACUUGUAAUGGAGAUAUAGAUUAUGAUGGACAGUUUGUUAGUUCUGAUAUCCUUGUAAAUUCAGAAUUUAAAAUUGCAAUUGGCGCUUUUGGUA